AUGCAGAGUUGGGGGGGGAGCGGCCACGUGACGCGGCAGGUCGGCGGCGCCCUCCAGCCAGCCUCGUUGGGGGCGGCCCCGGCGAAGCGGGACGCCGGCGUCGGGAAGGCCGCGUUACACGCCGAACAAAUAGUGUGGCCGUCCGCCCCCCGGAAGGGGGCCGCGGCCGCAACGCACCCCGACGGCUGCGGCGGUAAGGCCCCCACCUGGGGGGACGGCAAGGAUGACAACGACGGGGGCGGCCUGUCUACCUGCAACGAGUCCCCGUACUCGCGGCGGCAGGGCUCCCGCGCCGGUUGCGCCCUCCCGGUGGGGCGAGCUGGCGCAGUGGCGGCAACCGCGCCUGGCCCGCCCGCGUUUACCGGCCCAGGUCCGGCCGAGAGCGUUCAGUACGAUAAACUCUUCCGUUGCUUUGCGGCGGGCAAUGGCCUCCUGUUCCGUCUCGUGGACGAACGCCACCACACGUGGGCGUACUACAACGACACGGCAAGCUACACCAUGCACAUCACCGUCACGUUUGGGCGGGAGAGCAGCGUCGAGCCGCUUGGCGUGGCGCGGCGCACCGUGACGGAUGCGGCAUCGGGGCGACGCCGCAUAGACCUCCUCCUCCCGCCCGGGCGGACUGAGCUGUUCAUGCGUGGCGAGUACAACGGCUUUUCUAGCCACUACGAAGUCGUUCCCCGGCACAUGGCGCUGACACUGGAGAGAAACCUUAACGGCGGAUGGGAAGAAACGGGCGGGAAAACAAUGUAA